UCAAGAUGAUAUUUUAUUUCAUUAUUUUAUUUUUAGGUGAUUCCUCCUAAGGAGUGGAAGCCAAGACAGUGCUAUGAUGACAUUGAUAAUUUGCUCAUUCCAGCACCAAUUCAGCAGAUGGUCACAGGGCAGUCAGGACUGUUCACUCAGUACAACAUCCAGAAAAAAGCAAUGACUGUGAAGGAGUUCAGGCAGCUGGCCAACAGUGGCAAAUAUUGUACUCCAAGAUACUUGGAUUACGAAGAUUUGGAGCGCAAGUACUGGAAGAACUUAACUUUUGUGGCACCCAUCUAUGGUGCAGAUAUUAACGGGAGCAUAUAUGAUGAGGGUGUGGAUGAAUGGAACAUAGCUCGCCUGAAUACAGUCUUGGAUGUGGUUGAAGAAGAGUGUGGCAUUUCUAUUGAGGGUGUAAAUACCCCGUAUCUAUAUUUUGGCAUGUGGAAGACCACGUUCGCAUGGCACACCGAGGACAUGGACCUCUAUAGCAUUAAUUAUCUCCACUUUGGAGAGCCCAAGUCUUGGCAAGUUACUCGUUUAAUAUUCAUUUGCUUUGGAGUUUUGAAAUUUGGGCAUGAGGCACAUAUUGAAGAGGAUUUUGUUCUUUGAUUUGGUGGAUUCAGAUUUAUGUGAGCUGUAAGGAAGUUUUUGACCGUAAUAAUUAAUUGUCUUCUAUUCUGUCUGGGAUUGUGCUUGGGAACCAUAAACCCCGUGGUAAUUUGUACAGUCAUGCACUGUAUAACAACGUUUAGAUCAAUGAUGGACCGCAUAUACAGUGGUCAUCCUGAGUUUACAGUGCAAUUGGAAAACUCCUUUUCCAUGUUUAGAUAUGUUUAGCUACAUAAAUACUUUGUAGAUAAGUACUUCAUGUUAAAAUUGCCUACAAUAUUUAGUACAGUACAGAUUUGUAUCCUAGAAGCAAUAAGCUAUGCCAUAUAGCCUAGGUCUGUAGUAGAUCCACCAUCUAGAUUUGUGUAAGUCCACUCCAUGAUGUUCACACAAUGGCGAAAUUGCCUUACAACAUAUUUCUCAGAAAGUAUCUCUGUUAUUAAGUGAUACAUGACUGUAUAUGUAAAGUUGCCUGUAGUCCAUUUUGUGAGCUAUGAGUUGGUAGAUAAUUUAGGCUCCAAGAAUUUGUUAGGCGUCUUUACUUCUUUGAGCAUUUGUUGGAUUAUGUAUGUGGGAGGUAGUUAGAAGUGAAGAGUUGACUUCCUCGGUGUAGUUUCAAAUAGUCUUCAUGAUCUUCUAGUUCAUUCUCCUCUAAUUAUUUUUAUUUUAUUUUAAUUUUUUUUGAGGUGAAGUCUUGCUCUAUUGCCCAGG